GUUUCUUUCGCUUCUUUCGCUAGUCUAGUCUUUUAUUAGGUUCGUAGAGUCAGAUUUCUCAAUCCACCCCUAGAACUAGUUAUAUAACACGUUGUUUUCUUAUCGAUAAACCUAAAUUUUCAUAAUUAUGUCUAUGGAUCAUCAAGACAAUUCAUCACCUUCUUCAUUCCAUGAAGUUCUGACAGUAAAACCUAAUAUUCCAUCUGCACAUAAGAAAAGAGGUGGGAGGAAGAUAUUUAAGGAGACGCGCCACCCCGUAUACAGAGGAGUACGGCGGAGGAACCACGGCAAAUGGGUGUGUGAAGUGCGUGAACCGAAGAAGAAAUCAAGAAUAUGGCUAGGGACAUUCGCCACCCCAGAAAUGGCAGCCAAGGCACACGAUGUGGCCGCGUUGGCCCUGCGAGGUGGCGACGCUGCCCUGAACUUCAACGACUCCGCCUGGUGCCUCCCUAGGGCCAAAUCUUCAUCCCAUGAAGAUAUACAAAUUGCUGCUCUUCAAGCUGCUUAUAAUUUUGCAACACCAUUAAUGGAAUUAUUCCCUUGUUCUUCCUCUGAUUCUCUGAAUUCGUCGAUUAUUUCGAGUGAAAAUCUCGAAAUAAAACCUCUGAAAUUAUUAAGCGUCGAAAACGAGUUCUUGGACGAGGAGGCAAUGUUCAACAUGCCUAGUUUGCUAGACAGCAUGGCGGAGGGGAUGCUUUUAACUCCACCAGCUAUGAAGAAUGGAUUUAGGUGGAGCAAUGAGGAUGAAAAUUAUAGCGAGUUCACUUUGUGGGGAGAUUAACGAAAUAAUUCGGUCGUGUCCCUCUCCCAAGGUAUCGUUUGGAAUAAAUACGUCACAAGCAGGGACGAAGAUAUGGCCGACCCUAUGCUUUAUUUUUUCGUAAAAAAAAUUCUUCUAUAUAUUAAUCCGUUGCAAAAGUGAAAAAAAUAAAAUAAAAUAAAAUAAAUGUCGGAGCUCUCGCAGUGUUAUUUCUAAUGCGUAGAUAGAGGACAUUCGUACUCGCAAAAAAAUUGUUUGUAAGGGAAGUCGGGUACCCAA